AUGUCAUCCGGCUCCAAAGACAGCGACGUCACAAAGCUCAUCUCUAAAUGCCAGAGUGUGAUCGAACUGGCGGAAGCAUCCUUCAAGUACACGCUGCCGGGAUCGACGCACUCAGAAUCCUUGCUUGAUUCGAUCGGGUCCUGCAUCAGAUCCAGAAGAUCCAGGUCGGACCAGGACUCUUCAGCUGAUCAAGUCAAAGAAAAAGACCAGAGACUAGCCGAUCGCAAGGCUGAAUCGAAGUGGGAAAUAUUCAAUGCGGAUCAUGCGGCGUACAAAGAGACUCUCAUUCGGGCGCGAUUGCAGAUAUCGCAAGCGUGGGAGUUGUUAAGCCAAUCUUCUGCUGACGGUCGCAGUUUCGUUCCCGGUCGGACAGCUUUUGGCAAACUGAAAAGCUUGGUGCGGAAGAUCCUCGAUGAAGCCAUUUCUUCGUCGAGCGAGUACGCAGAGCAUGACUGGAAAGAGAUUUUGCUCGACGAGUUUGAUGCCACUCGAACGAGUAGUCAACCUCUGGAGACGGAUUCGAGCGAUUUCCUCCUAGUCUUGCUUAGUGUGAUCGAGGAUUACAGGGCACUGUGCGAUGCACAGCGUAUCUGCGGCAUGAUGCGAGAAUCUUUCCCUGCCGACCGCCAACUGCGAUGGGCGCAAGCCUAUACGUUUGCCUCGGAAUCCUCGCUUGUAUACAAACCAGGACCAUGA